UGCCAGUGAUUUAUUUUGUUUAAUUUUUGUUGUAAGGUUUUAAGCAUUUAAAUAAAGUAAUUUCAAUGUGAUUUCUUCUUGGUUUGAACGUAUUUCAGUUACAAGAUGAUUAAGGAAUAAUAAUUUUAUAUGAAUUGCGCUUAAAAUAUUAUAUUAUAUUUGAGGUUAUAAAACAUGGUUUCAAAAACAUGGAUGAGGAACCUGUAAGCCCUGUAAAAAAGCUUCGAAGUCCACUUUUAGAUAAGUCUUUUAACAACAAGACCUCCGUAACGUGCUCAAAUGUCCCUGAAGGGCUAUUUGAAAAUAAAGUUGCCGAGAAGCACUUCAGCAAGUUUGGGAAAGUGCUCAGGAUACGGCUGAUGCCCAAGAAGCACAUGUGCAUUGUUGAGUAUGACCAACAGACAUCGGCAGAGAGAGCUGUGUUGAAUGCCGGAGCUUUUGAUGGCUUCAUGUUUGAUGUAACUCGCACCAAACCAAGAGUAAGAAGAAAGAGCAAGCGGGAUGAUGAUCCAGAGUGGCUUCCAGACCCAGAUGUGAAAGCAGAACUAUCAGCAAUGGUCGGAGCUCCAGCAUAUAGAAUUACAAGGCAGAAAUCAAUGGAUUUGGAUGUACCAAAAAGACAAUCAUUAGAGUUAAAACUUCCAGUCAAGAGGAAGACUGUUGUAGUACCCAAGAUAGUUAAACCACCAAAGUUUCAACCUACCAGUGGUAUAGAGUCUCCUGUAUUGGUAACAACAGUUCCAACAACUCUGUCAACCUCAGAAGCAGCUGUUGAGCUGCAUAAACUUCGCGCCAGGGUCUCUGUGACCCCUGACGAGAAAUGGAGGACUUUGGAUGCAAGAGACAGAGUAUUAAGAGCAUGGGGUGGAGCUGGUUCCAGGGUGAAGGUGGGUGGGGCCACUAUCGGUACUUGUCCAGAUAUGUGCCCCGAAAAAGAGCUUCUACACAGACAAUCUGAACACCAGGUGAUGACAUUAGAGACCGUCAUCGACUCGGACGGCGAGUUGGAGCCGUGGCGCGCGGUGAAGCAGUACAGUCGCAGCUCGGCCGACCAGGAGAUCCCCAUGUGCUACGAGCUGAGGCCGGCUCCUGUGCUCAUGCGCACCAGCGCCUACUUGCUGCACGAGAUCGCGGACACCACUCGACAAGUAACGUUGGCGGAUUGGUUUCAUUUUAUGUGGGAUCGGUUUCGUGGUAUCCGGAAGGACAUCACCCAGCAAGCACUUUGUUGUUCAGAGUCCAUACGUCUGGUCGAGUUCUGUGCGCGUUUCCACGCGCACUGCGCCGCGCGGCUCGCCGACCUGCAGCACACGCAGUUCGACCAGAAGCUGAACACGGACAACCUCACCAAGUGCCUCCAGACGCUCAAGCACAUGUACUCGGACGUGCGGCCCGAGCACAAGCCCAACGAGGCGGAGUUCCGCGGCUACGUCGCCCUGCUGAACCUCGGCGACGCCAACUUCUGGUGGGAGAUUAAACAACUACCACAAAACAUCCAAAAAUCUCAACCUAUUAUGUUGGCGAUUCAAAUAUACACAGCACUAGAUAGCAACAAUUAUGUGAAAUUCUUCCGUCUUGUUAAAGAAAAGGCUACGUAUGUUCAAUCGUGUAUUCUUUUGCGCUAUUUCAAUGACGUGAGGGCAAGAUCAUUAGCCAGGAUUGUAAAAGCUUAUGCACCCAGAGGUGGUUCUAAAUAUCCUGCAGAAGAACUAAUGAGGAUCCUCGCUUUUGAAUCAGUUGAAAGUAUGAAGUCCUUUAUAAAUCACUAUGGUUUGCGAUGUUCUAAAAUGGAUACAGAGCUUACCGUUAUUCUCAACAGGAACCAUUUUAUAGAAGACAGUGAUCCAUAUCCACUUGCUAGAUCUAUAAAGCUUAUAGAAUCUAAGAGACAAGGUAAUGUUGGUGAAGUGAUUUCUGGUGGUCCACUGCCAGUUGAUAAAUAUGCGGGCCAUAAUCUUUACUCCAGUUUCAAUUUUGAUGGAAGAUUAAAAGAAUCAGCUUUAAUCGCUGAAGACUUGGGUUAUAAUACGCUUAAUGACAGUAAUAAACAAGUACAAGAAUUAAAAUUAGAAUUGCAAAAAAUAUUGCAAGGAAGAAAUUUUGAAAAUGUUGAAAGAGAACCAAUUAAAAAUGUAAAGGUUGAACUUAAACAACGAAAAGAAACCAUUGCUAGAAACUCAAAUGAGACUGACAGAACACCAGUAAAGAAAAUAUUCUCAUUCCAACCAGCUACACCAGUUGCACCAGCAGAGGUUAUUAAGAAUUCUCCUGAGAAAGUAUUACAGGAGAGCUCAAAAAGUGUAUUCACGUUUUCUAAACCACAGGAUACGAAAGCAACGAACUUGACAGGCAGUUUAUUUGGUGCUAAUGUUAAACCGUUUAUUGAACCAAAAAUUAAUUCUGAUACAAAAAAUAUUUUUACUAAUGCAAGUCAAAGUAGCAACUUGUUUAAAAAUGCAUUUAAUAAUAUCGAGCCUGCGAAUGUAUUUAAAAAUGUAUCUGUUGAUAAAUCGAUAUUUAGACAACAAAACGACAGUUCGCAAGAUACAAAUACAGGAGAUACUAACAAAAACAUUUUUGCAAACACUAACGCUAAUUUGUUUUCUCAAACUGAAAGUGUUAGUAAAAAUUUAUUUUCAAAGAUAGGAAACAAUUUGUUUAACAAGACCGAUAAUGCAGAAAAAAGUACGAACAUAUUCGCAAAACCACAAGAACCACCAAUACAACCAUCAAGUAUCUUUGGAUCACAUGAGAAACCUCACGCUUUUUCAGAUCCACAAUCUAUUUUCAAAUUAGAAAAUAUUAAUAAAAAUGUGUCAAAUGGUGAAACAACAGUUCUGUCACCCAGUAGCUUGUUCAAAAGCGCAAACAAACCUCUAUUUGAUGCCAAUAAUACGAUCUUUCAAACUAAAACUAAAGCACAAUCAGUUGCUGAUAAUAUUUUUAAAUCUGUUCAGUCAAAACAUGAUGUCUAUGAAAUUGAAAGGAACGAGAAUAGCAAUAAAGUAGAACAAAAUUAUAACGAGGAAGAACAAAAACGUCAAGAAGAUGAAUUUAGAAAACGUCAAGAAUUUGAGGAAAGAAAACGCCAGGAAGAAGAAAGAAAACGACAGGAAGAAGAAAGAAAACGUCAGGAAGAUAUAAAGAGGCAAGAAUUAAAAAGAAAAGAGGAAGAACAACGAAAACAAGAAGCGCUUAGGCUUGAAGAAUUGAGAAAAAUUGAAGAAAAGCGUCAAAGAGAAGAGAAGGAGAGACAAGAAAAAUUAAGGAAAAAGUUGGAGGAGGAAAAAAGAAUGGAAUUGAAGCGACAGGCGGAGGAGCAAGAGAGGCAGUUUAGAGAAAGAAUAGACAAAGAAUCCGUAGAACUUACAGAUGAACUUAUCAAUGAGGUCAAUUAUGAAACAAUUAAUGUCCUUUUAAAUGAAGAGAUCGAACGUUUAAAAUUAUUGUUUGCAUUUGCAAAGGAAACCACUGACAAUAUUUUUUCUGAGUUGACAAAUGAAAUUUGUGAAUCUGAAAUGAAAGCUGAAAUAUUUAGAACGAGAAAACUAUCGAAAAAGUGGUUUAAUAUUUGGAGAAAUCAAUUCAUUAGAAAUUUCAAGAGACGAACUCUGUUAGAAGGCACACCAGUUUGGCUAACAGAUAAUACUCCACAAGAAGAAGCUCGAAUACUGAGACGCCCUACACAAGACGCGGCCUUGCGCCAUAUGAAUGCUAUACAUAGUGGUUAUAGGUUUGUAGGAGAACUGAAGCUAAUACCCUCUCCAAAGUCAUAUAACAUUGUUGAUUUAAUUAGAUCUUCUUUAUUAAAACGUAUGAAACAAAUUCAAUAUCCAUAUGAUAAAUGCUUCUUUUGGAAAAUUGCUAUAGUAAUACCAGGGAGAAAUAAAUGGCUUUAUAGAAAAAUUAAUAUUGAAAAAUGGAUACAAGAUGCAUUGAGUGACAAUAAACAUCAUGAAGUUAGUGACACACUUAUACAUGUAGGAAAACAGUCAUGGAACAAUUUAAUAGACUUCGCUGUUUCUGUUAGCUUGAUUAAAAGUGAAAAUUACAGUGUUGCCAAUGAAGCUUUAAAUGGUGCAAACGGUUUAUUAUUUUAUGCAACCGAAACCGAUAAUAAUCUUGAAGAAGUGAUAGAACAGACUUUAAAACAUAGAUAUCAAUAUCAAGUACUUCCUAUUGCAGUAAUUAUGGCAGAAAGGCACACACCACUAGAGCUAAAAUAUUUGAAUGAGAAGCUAUUAUUACUUAAAAACACCAAUGUUAUAAAAGAAUAUAAAAUUUUUGCUGUAGAAGUAAAAAAUGUUGGAAUAUCGAUUAACAGCUGUACAAGAAGUGCUUUGAAAUGGCUAGCAAAAAAUUCUCCAAAACCUCCAAAACUCGAAAUAGAUUAUUUAAAAUCAAUUUGUCAAAGGUACCUUGGUAAUGAAAUAUGGCAUAAAUUAAAAUUAGAGAAAGACAGCAGAACAGAUACUAUUUUUAAAAAUUUACAUAAACUGGUAGCAUGUUAUAAUACUGCUGUUGAUAAGUUAACUCGAGUAAUAACAAAUGAAGAUCUUUUUAAUUAUCCCACUUUUCCAUUAGAAUUUAAUCAAUAUUUAAAUAACAAUUCUCCAUAUCCAAAACCGUUUGAAUUUAUACCGAGCAAUGUCAAACAGUCAGAUAAUACAAAUGCUAUCCUCCAUAUUAUGCAAAAGCUUAAACUUCCAGAUCCAAAUUAUGUUUUCCUUCCCAAGAGUAUAUGUAGUAUGCAAGACCAGAUUCGUAAAUACUGCAAUCAAAUAGGUUGUUUUUCUGAUCCCGAAGAAGUUGUUUGUAAAGUUGUUGCCAUUUUACCCAAUGAACUAACAGAUACGAGUAUACCAAGUGAACAUUUUAGUCAGUACUUUCAAAACUAUGAUCUGAUAGAUUUCUUAAAUGUUAUAAUAUAUGCGAAAAUCAAUAGCUUAGAAAAUUUUGAUCACAGACUUGCUAUAUAUGAAAAGGAUGUUUUAGAUGAUUAUCGUAAUAGUCAUUGGUUGUUUGAAAUUGAAAUUUACUCAAAAGCUAAACACAAGAUUUUGGAAAAUGAAGAUGAAUUAGACUAUUAUAUAGAAGCCAAACGUCGCAAAUUAAAUUCAGAUUCUUUUGAAUAUUUAAUGCUUGAAGAUAAAGAUUUUAAAAAUGUAGAGGAUAGUAUAAUUAUGGCAGAAAAAAAUAUAUCAACAAUAGACACUUGUAUGGAUGCUGUUUCUCAUAUAGAUGAGGAAUUGAAUGAACAGAAGAAGAAAUCUGAUGAACUUGAGCAAUUACUCAGAGCAGCACUUUCUGGUGUAUAGAACUUCUAUUUAUAGUUUUUAACAUAUUUAUUUUUGCAUUAUGCAUGGUUUAAAAGAAUGUCUGAUUUUAAAACUUUUAAAAUACAAUGAAUUUUAUAAUGA